UUAAAAGCGGAUAAUACUGUAAAACAAUAUGCAAAUGAGAACAGAGAGCUCACACAAAAAUUGCGGUUCAUGGGUCUCCCCAAACGCGUGCUUUGGUUUAAAAUGCGCUAAAUUUCAAUUAUAAGUGCGUACCGCACAUAGGCGCUGUUUCAUGUAUUUGCCGGGUUUUUUUUGUUCCCCUGUUCCAACGUCGGCAGCUCAGCCGAGUUCGUAGCUGGGAGCCGGAGAUCGGGUCUGGGUUGGUGCAGCGCGGCUCGGCCACUGGGGGGGUUUGGAAGCCGCGGGCGAGCGUUAUUUGCGCUGAUGCGGGGCGUGUUGCGCACGUACGCUGAGGAGGAGGCGGAGGAGGAGGAGGAGAGGACGGACAAGUGCUUCUCUUUCAUUGUGCUGCCGGCUACGGGCCAUGUAAACAUGGAGCCUUAAGUAUGGUAGCAAGGGGGAAAGAGAGAGAGAGAAAUGUAGAAUUAGUGAGAAUAAAAGGUGAGCGAUUAAAAAUAUAAAGGGAGCGGCGAUGAUUUAUGUAAUCUUGUUGUCUGCACUGGCCGGGGCUCUGUGUGUUGUGGUGCUGCAGAUUUUAUUGCUGUACCGGAACAAACCCGAGGCUGUACCUCGGCAUGUGCAGUACGUCAAACCCGUGGUCGAGCCCUCACUCAAGGACUAUUUCAGCGGCAACAAGGAGCCACCGGCUUCCCCAGACUCGACCUACUCUGCGCCCGGGACCGGCGGCGUGGGCAGCGGCAGCAGCAGCCACAACAAGCCCGAGAGUUGCCACUUUCUCAACGCCAUCUUUCUGUUUCUCUUUCGGGAGCUCCGCGACACCCCGAUUGUCCGGCACUGGCUGACUAAGAAGAUCAAAGUGGAGUUCGAGGAACUGCUGCAGACCAAGACGGCGGGUCGGCUGCUGGAAGGGCUGAGCCUGCGCGACAUCUCGCUGGGCAACGCGCUGCCGGUGCUGCGCAGCGCUCGGCUGCUGCAGCCGGCCGGCGGCCAGGACGACGAGGCCGGCGGCGGCGUGCCCGACGAGCUCAACUUCGAGGUGGAGCUCGAGUACAACGGGGGCUUCCACCUCGCCAUCGACGUGGACCUGGUCUUCGGCAAGUCGGCCUACCUCUUCGUCAAGAUGAGGAGGGUGGUGGGCCGGCUGAGGCUGCAGUUCACCCGGCGCCCCUUCACCCACUGGUCCUUCGCCUUCAUAGACGACCCUUUCAUCGAUUUCGAAGUGAAGUCGCAGUUCGAGGGCCGGCCCAUGCCACAGCUCACGUCUAUCAUCGUCAACCAGCUCAAGAGAGUCAUCAAGAGGAAACACACCUUGCCCAACUACAAGAUCAGGUACAAACCAUUCUUUCCAUACCAAGUCCUUCCAACCAUAGGGGAUGCAGUGAAUUGUGACCUGUACCUACAACAGUCGAACAUCACUGAGGGGCGCCUAAAAGUCACUGUGGUAGAAUGUAGCAGGUUAUUUAUCCUGGGAUUGUACGACCGAACAGAGUACAUUCACUGUACUCUGGAGCUGAGCACUGAUGUGUGGAAAGAGAAGACCAGAAGCUCCAUCAAAACGGUUGAGCUAAUUAAGGGAAAUUCGCAAAGCGUAGGACUGACUUUCCGCCAGAUCCAGGGCAAUGAUGGGGAUGCGGUGCAUGUUACUGUGGAAACUGUGACCCCAAACUCACCCGCUGCAACUGCUGACCUCCAAAAGGGAGAUCGACUCAUUGCAAUCGGAGGAACCAAGGUGACAUCGUCUGUACACGUUUUGAAGCUCAUCAAGCAAGCUGGUGACAAGGUAUUGGUGUAUUACGAGAGACCUGUAGGUGGACAUCAGAAUCAACAAUGUGGCUCCCUCCAGGAGAACUAUGGCCAGCUUGAAGACACUAGCUUUGGUCCACAGUAUGGUCAACAGGCAUUUGAUGAUGAUGUUAUUUUAGACAAUGUCGAUGGUAAAGACUUGGAUGCUGAAUUUGAAGAAUUAGUAUGUCCUGAAAUCAAACCGCCGCCCACAAUCAUAAAGGAGGACUUUGCACCAACUAAUCAAAGUCCAAAGCGUUCAGUGGCUACACUUGCUACCAAGCCACUAGGAACUAUAUCACCCAUUCUGAAUCGCAAAUUAAAUUUGGGCAAUUACCAGAUUCCCCUGAAAUCACAGCAAAAAGAUGCAGUUAGGUUUGCCCAGCCAAAGUGUUUAGACAUCCCUGAUGGAGCACAGCAGCCAAGUAAGACACCAGUAGGAUCCACAUAUAAACCUCCGGUGCCCCCAAGGCCACAGAUAAAGCUAAUUUCAGCUCCUUCUGAAGCUCAGAGCCUGCCUGAAUCUGGAGACAUAGCUACCGAAAAACCUGACAAAUCAAUGGCAUCCACCAAUAGUGCAGACAAAAGUGUAGAAAAAAGUGUAGGCAAAAAUCUAGAUCAGAUGGAUGAUGCAUCUCUGACCAAGUCAACAGCUAGUAAACAAGAUUCCAAGGAGAAAUUCCCAGAAGCUACCUGUAGCAUACGUGAUGGAGCAGAAGGCAACCAAAUCUGGGAGUCAUCAGAAAUACUGUACCGCAGGAGAUCUGGGAAGUGGAACAAGGCAACGUGCGUGUUUGACGUUGAAGGACGCCACAGAUACAUCAAUGUCGCAGUGUGGUGCAAAGAACCUUUUAAAGCAGGUGAACUUAUUUGUUUAGGUCAUGCAAGCAUUAAACUAGAAGAGAUAGCCAUGGAAUGUCUUUGUACUGCAUCAAUGGAGUUUCAGGCAACCUUCAGGCUCAAUGCCCCUGAACCAAAAGCUGUCGUCAGUAGGACUGCAUUACGAAAUCUAAGCACUCAUAAGGGAUUCAAUGAGAAACUAUGCUACGGUGACAUUACACUAAAUUUUACCUAUCUAAAAGAGGGUGAGACAGAAAGCUCUAGUGUUCAAAUAGAAAAGGAAAAGGAAGAUAACUCACAGGAGGAAAUUCCUGUUGCCAUUAAGGAGGAAACUAAUCAAUUGUGUAUGGACAAUAAGCACAAUUUCCAAGAUACCCAGUUUCAGAAUCCAACCUGGUGUGAUUACUGUAAAAAGAAAGUCUGGACCAAAGCUGCUUCUCAGUGCAUGAAAUGUGCUUAUGUAUGCCAUAAAAAGUGUCAGGAUAAAUGUCUGGCAGAAGCACUUUUUCCUAUUACUACAGAAAGGAGAGUUGAUUUGGAAGCAAAGUCGUCCUUCAACAGGUCCACUGGGUUAACACGGCACAUCAUUAAUACCAGUUCACGCUUGCUGAACCUGAGGCCAGGACCAAGAGCUCGUCUGGCGGAUCCUGGAGUUGAUUUGGUGGAACCGUCACCCAAGCAGACUCCAAACACGUCAGACAAUGAAAGCAGUGAUACCGAGACAUACAGUGCCAGUAGUCCUUCCAAACGGAUAGCUUCUUCCACAGGUGGCAAGUUAUCAGUGAAGAAGGAUGGAGGUCUCGACGACAGCGUAUUAAUUGCAGUAAAGGAGAUUGGCCGAGACCUGUAUCGAGGAUUACCAGCCGAUGAACGAUUUCAAAAAUUGUACUUGAUGUCAGAAAAGCUGCAGAAUGAAAUAGAACUGGAACUGGAACAGAAUUAUGCUCUGCAAAAAGAAGAGAAAGACUGCACAGAUCCUAAAAAGAAAUAUCAUCUGUCUGCUGCCAUGUCAAAGUCAAUUGAACGACUACAAGCCCUUACGCUGCUCACAAUCCACUACAAGGCAGGAAUUGAUGAUUUAGAAUUUAGCGACUUUGCACCUUCUUCUGAACAGCCGGCAAAGAAGGUCACAAAGCUUACAGAUGACAUCUUAUCCCUAACAGCAGACGAAAUUGACAUUGGCAGUCAGACAGAUGUGCAACCACUUACUGAAGAAUCAAAUGAGCAAACUAUUGAUGAAACUGAAUCGAUUUCAUGACUUUAAUCAUUUUCCUCAUAAUUGUAGUAAAACAAAUUUACUAUUUUGUUGACUUAUUUUUGCUUCUGUGCUAUAAUGCAAUCGUUAUUCUGUCUUGUGAAUUUGACUUUAAUGUGAUUAUGGUGUCAAUAAACAACAGCCAGAUCAGUUUAGGAUUUUCCCUACCCACUGAAGUUCUUUUUUUCAUACUUAAGUAAAUCAUUGGUGUCAUGAUACGUGGCUGAGUCCACAGUAUACUGGGGAGGUGGAUGCAAAGUCUCUUUUGGGACCAGGUUUCAGAAUUAGAAUCAUGUCAAAACCUCUAAUCCUUUUAUGUUCUUCUCUGUUCGUUACAUAGAUGUUUCUUUGCCAAAUGUGUGUCGAUAUAGCAAACUGUGUGGUGAGCUUUUGUAUUUAUUGAAAGUAAAGCUGGGUUUAUGUUUUAUUUCCUUCUGAAUAUUUGUAAUUUAAAAGAUGAUUACUCUGGACCUCUGAAAUGCUUGUGCAAAGAGUGCAAAAAAUGCACUGACAUCCUCAUCUUUAAUGAAACUGUAUUGUAUAUUACCAUGACAUGGCUAUUUAAUUAAUAUUUAUGUACGUGUUACAUAGUGAAGCAUCUGGCUUGUUUUCUCUGCAGAACAGUGGGAGGUUUAAAUUUUGAUAGAAUGUGACAUAAUUCAACUUACCAAGUAGGAACAUUUACUUAAGUACAGUAAUUGAAAGCUGUUGGUGAAAGCUGAGAAAAUAAUGCUAGUUGAUUUGAGAGAUUUUCAAUUUGAUUUUGUUUGAUAAGCAGACCUUGGUGCUCCUCAGUAAACCCCUGCCCCUCCCCAACUCCCAUCUCAUUCACCCUGCUCCUACCCCAUUCCAACCACCACCUCGGUAGAAUGGAGAGUUGGGUGUCUAGAACUUUAACACUGCCCCCAAUAAAUAUAAUACUGCAAAAUUGUUGGGGUUUUUUGUAACCUUAUUUAAUUGCACGUAACUUUUAUAAAUUUGACCAGAAAGCCCUGUAUCUACAAUUCUGAAGCACUGCACUCGGCUAAAGAUACUCAUUCAUGUUCAGCUUAGCUGGCUGUCAAAUUAUUUUCCGAUUCUGGGCAAAAGACAUUUGUUCUGGCUGGCCCACUAGUACCAUGGGCCUUCACAGGGUAGGGCCUUGCCUCCAAGGAAUCCUCCAGGUGGUUUCUGGAAUUGAGAGGAUUGUCUAUUUUAGAGAAGUCUGGAAUAAGCCUCUGUUGACUUCAAAUUCUGGAUCAAUGACGUACUGUGGAAAUGGAUUUCCCUUUAUCUCCAGCAUGGCUCUUUUGACGUUAGUCCUAAAUCUGUGUUCUUUCAUUACCCACCCACCAGUACAAACAGUUUAUCCCUCUUCAUCCAAUCACCCUUUGUCCCUCUCUCUGCUGUGUGAAGAACAGCCUCAUCCUCUCUAGCCUCAUCCCAGGUGCUAUUCGUAGUGUAGGUGGGUGACAAAAUGGGAUCAAUAGAGUUAAUGAGCACACAAGAGAGAAUACAUUUCAAGACUAUGGGGAAAUGAGGAGAGAGGGAAUAGGACUAAUGAGAUUGCACUGCUGGGAGAUGGCAUGGACCAGACAGGCUGAAUGGCCUCCUCCAGAGUAAGAAUAAAAAAAGAUGCCAGGGAAAAGAGUACUUUUCGUUAAGAGGACAAGAUUCUGUAGUGAAAAAUAAAAUAAAGCCUUCCUUUCUGUACCAAUAAUGUGCAUCAAUCCCAAUCUCAGAAGAGUAACUAUACUAGUCUGGCAUUUUUCCACAGCUUUCGGUGGCCUUCGGAAAGAAUUGACAAAUUAGACUCAGUCUUGUGAAUUAGCUUGAAACCUCCCCAGAUUUAUUUCAUGCCAUCUGGAAAAAGCCAUCAUUCCUAUCAGUCUGACCUGGAUUUGAACCUAGAUACUUCGUUGAAAAGCAAAUGCAUUGCACCUGCAGUAUCACUCCCAUUGGAAAGGUAGUGACAUUUGGACAGAUUUAUUGACUGCUGCACAAAUGCGAGCCUUCUGAAAUAUUUUCACUCAUCGUUCUAAGACGAUGAUGAUUUCGUAACUGUGAACUUUGACUAGGAAAAUUCUUUUGUAGGACUAAUCUUUCAUUUAAAUUAUUUUGAUAACAAGGUCACAUAAUUAGGAGAAAACAUAUUUGUUCAAAGAAGGCCAAUUUUUAGUAGAUAGAUGCACUUUCAACAAGAAAUCUUGAAAAAAGACAUUGGUGGCUCAUUUGGUAGCACUCUGAGCCUGAGGUUAUGUUUCAAGUUCCAAAGACUUGAGCACACAACCUCUGCUGAAACAUUAGCAUAGUAUUUAGUAGUGCUCCACUAUUGGAGGUGUCAUCUUUCAAUUAAGCCUGUAAACCUAGGGCACAUCUACCCAGAUGGUAAUGGAAUAUCCCAUACAUAACUUCAUGUAUUAUCUCCAGUGUUCUUUCUUGUAUUUAUCCCCCAAUCAACACUUUUACAUAAAAAAUGAUUAAUGGGUCUCUGUCACAUUGCUGUUUGUAAGUUUCAUGUGUGCUGGCACUAUUUUUAUAUUGCAACUGCAAUUUCAAAUGUUUUUCAUUGCAUGUAAAGCUCUUGGGAAAGUGACAUGGAAGUUGUUAUAUGAAUGCAAGCUUUGUUCUAAAUAUAAAGGACCUCACAAAUAGCAAAGUACUGAUAAUUUUCAGUUAUGACUCAUAAUUUGCUCUGGUUGGCUGUCACAUGCAAAGAGAAACGUACCUGAUUUUCCUUGAAUAUUCAUUCACAUACAUCAGCAU